AUGAAUUCUAAUCGAUCUAUCAAAAGUAAUACAAGUAUUGGUGGUCGAACAUCACCAAGUUUUCCAAUAUCAAAAUCGGAUGCGUUAACAAAUCGUUCAUCUUCGCCAUCAUCACUGGUAUCAAAUAGUCGUUCAUUGCUUUUUCGACAACAAGAUCGCGAAAAGAAUGAAUAUCCUUCGAAAACUCUUAGCAAGGAAGACGAUGCAAAGUUCCAUAAAGCCGUUUUUAUACGCUGCGCUGAUACACCUAAAGGAGAUAAGAUAACAAAUCGUGAGAAAUUUGUUCAAGCUCUUAAUUAUGUUGGCUAUGAUUUGCCGAAAACAGCAAUCGAUCAAAUAUGGUCUGAUAAUGAUGAAGAAAUACCACUCAAGAUAUUUCAACAGAUUCUUACUGAAGAGAAACCAAUGGAUGAACGAGGUCUCGAAGAGGCAUUUGAAACACUUUAUAGUAAAGAUCGAAAGCACGAUUUGAGUGCAAUUGAUUUUGACAAGUUUCGUACAGAUCUGUUACAUAAAGGCGACCGUUUUACGGAAGAUGAAUUUAAAAAAAUUCGUUAUCUACUUGGCACCGAGCAUGGAAAAGUUGAUGUUAAAAAGUUAAUAAAAGCCAUUGCAGAAAGUAAAACAUCGUGUCGUCAAAAAGUCUUAAAAGAACAAGAAGAAAAUAUUGAACGCCCAUCGCAACGACACACUUCACCGAAACCAAAUAAUAAAAACUAUAAUAAUUGUAAUGUUCGCGUUAUGAUUGAUUCAUCAUCGAAAAAGCCGUUCAAUCCUCCGAGAAUGGGUUCUUUAAAAAUGAAAGGUGCCUUCUUUUGUGAAUUUUCCGAUUCACCAACCGAUGUACUUUAUUUUUCAAUUGGUUAUACAUUUGAAUUAAAAACACCAGGAUCGAUAUCUAUAAGUCUUGAACCAACUAUUUCACGAUAUCAUAAGGAUUCAUCAUUUAAAAAUCUCGAUGUUCGAAUUCUUGUUUUUAAAAAACAACCGCGUUCAAUAGAACGACGUCUUCUUCACAUGAGUUCUGCACGAUCAGACACUAAAACAUAUUUACAAGUGGACGAAUUGCCAAAAGGUUUAUAUGAAAUUAUUCCUAUUACAUUUGGCGGCUUACUUCGAGCACGAUCACAAGAAAUGAAUGCACGUCUUUCAAUCAAAAAAUUGCGAGAAAUUAAAAAAGGAAAUAAUUUUACGAUGAGCAAAGAUUAUCGUGAUGCACUCGAAUAUACUUUCGAUCUAUUUGAUUUCGAUGAUAACAAACAACUUGAUCGACAGGAAUAUAAUUUAUGGACUAUCAGAACAACAGGAGACGAAAUCACUAAUGAAGAUUGGUCAUCAAUUCAAGCAAGUGUUGGCUUGGAUGUUGAUGAAAAUAUUUCAAAAGAUAAAUUUUUGAAAUUAAAUGACUUUGAAGUACAAGAUCAAGAUACUUCUGAGCAAGAUCUGUGGAUUGGUUUAAAAUCGAUAGGUUUCAACUCUGUUCUUGAACUCGAUAUGAUGUGUCCAUUUAAUUUAACUGUAUAUAACAAUCAGAGUGGCCUAAAAUUGACGCCAACAGCGUUCGUGGAUUUAGCUGAGAUUAAAAAACUUCUUGUGCCAUUUUUACAAAAGAAAGCAAAAACGAUAACGCUGGAAGAUCCAUCUAUUCAUUGUUUUCAUUAUCAAGAUGAUUGUGGUUCGAUACUUUUUGUAGAAAACCAGAGUGUAUCCAAUGUACGAUUAUCUAUUGAUGUGAAAAAUGCUGCUAAUGCUUCCUUAAAUUUAUCGACGGAUGCACGCAAACCCACCGUAAUCAGUGUUCGACGUGAUACUAAUCAGAUUAUUUGGUUUGCACAUAAAUUAGAUAGCCAAAGAGAGAUGGAACUAGACGCAAUUGUUCAAAUCGAAUGA